AUGGCUCACCUCUGCCUUCUCCACCUGGCCCUGCUGCAUCUGCUCCAGCUCUGCUGUCCUACAGGGUUCAUCGAUCUUCCUGCUUCUGUGGACAUUUUGGAAAGUACCCGUCCCAGGAGCGUGGUGGUGGAGUUUCGCAUACAGAGCGCCAAGCCCGAUCCCAUCGUGCAGAUAGUCUCCCUCACACCGGAUUCCCGGGUGUUUGAGACGCCCAUCGUCAGUCGGGUCAAUGCUUCCAACAUCUUCACUGUUCAGAUUAUACUGAAUGACUCGCUGGAUUACGAGACAGUGGGCCUUCACAGCUUGCGUCUUGCGUUGGUCGCUGGGGGUGACCGCGUGGAGCGAACCUUUCAUGUGCAGGUGAUCGAUGUGAACGAACCACCCCAAUUCCUGUUUUCUAUCGUCGCAAUCCAGCCUGAUACCGCAAAGGGACAGUUCAACAUUGAUGGCAGAGGGGGUGUCAUGUCCAGCCAAAGUUUUGACUACCAGAAUGGUCCUCGGGUGCAGAACAUCUCUGUCUUUGAGAACGGAGGAGCUGGUGACCUUGUGGCCUCUGUCAGAGCCAACACCACAACUCUCGAUGUGCAGUACACUUUCGUGAAAAGCUAUCCACCUUACACAAUCGGCAGAGAGGAUGGGAUUAUUACAACGGCUUUUAACCUGGACCUGGAGUCAGACCGGUCUCUGGAGCACAGAGUUCUGCUGGUCCGGGCCUUCAGUGUGUCUGAGGGUCGCCGAGGGACUGCCACAGUUACCGUCAAUGUGCUGGAUGUCAACGAGCACGCUCCCUUCUGCGUCCCCUCUGUCUUUGUGUUGACAGUGCCAGAGACGACAGAAAUAGGAAAGAGUUUGGGGACAGUGAUGUGUGGUGACAUUGACGUCAGCAACCAAAAUGUGUUGCUCACACUGCAUGACAAUGAUGCUUCUCUCUAUCAUUUCCGCCUUCAGAACAGCCAGCUUCAGGUGAAUGGUAGUCUGGACUAUGACACAGCAAUAAUCGCCAGCAACAGCUUCCAGUAUGAGGCCAGCAUCCUAGCCACUGACACCGGAACUCCACCACUCACAACGGUCAUCCCAAUCAUGAUCACCGUGACCCCUGUGAAUGAGCAUGACCCCUGGUUUGUGGGUCCGUUUGAGAUAGUGGUUCCAGAGAAUGCCCGUUGGGGCUCUGUGGUGGGAACAGUUAAGGCUGAGGACGGGGACUGGAGGUUUGACGCCCUGCGCUAUUCCAUUCCUGGGGGAGAUGCCCUCUUCUCCAUCAACCCUGUGGGAGGAGAGCUGUACCUCAAAGGAAGCCUGGAUUUUGAGGAGAGGGAAAUGUACAGUCUGAGUGUGCAGGCUGUGGAUUUUGACCAGGAUGCGGAUCUUACCGUUCAGAGGACUGGGUUCGCGGCUAUCACUAUCAGGGUACAGAAUUUGAACGAUAACCCCCCGGUGUGUGACCCCGUCUCCUAUGAGUCCACCAUCUUCUCCACCCGCUCUGCAGGGCUGCCUAUCCUCAACCUGAGCUGCACUGACAGGGAUGGGAAAUUACUCACAGCCACCAUCACCAAUGGUUGA